CAGAUAACAAAACAUCAUUAACAAGAGCUUUGUACGAGCUGCGAUAAAUUUAUAGAUCUAAUAUACGUGAUGAAUCCUCGUAUGGCAUGCAGGCUCAUGGCCUUCUUCUCAGUUCUUUUGAUUGCUGCAGAUCAUAGCAUAGAAGCAAGAAAGGAUCCUGGAGAAUAUUGGAUUAGUGUUAUGAAAGAACAGCCCAUGCCGGAAGCACUUCAAGUCCUUGUUCCUCUGGAUUCCUCGCCAUCUCAACUCAACAAGAAUGCCGAUGACUGUCACACGUCUGAGCUGGGAGCAGAGAUUAACAAAUUAGACCAGCUUGUCGAGGAUUUCAAGCAUAAAGAUCAUGAUCACAAGCAGCGUUUUGGUGAUAUUGGUCAUGAAUCUGAGAAGAAGUUUGUCAAGGACUUCAAACCCAGACCUAAUCUCUCAGCUUACACCGAUGAUCAUGUCCACGGUUCUAAAGAAAGAGCAUUUGCAGAAGAAUUUGAGCAAGCGCCAGAUACUACCAUUUAUCACGAGUGAUAAUUAAUUAAUUAAGAAGGAUGGUGCAAUUUAUAAGGGACUUCGUAGGUGUAACAAGAUAAUAUAUCAGGAUUCAGUACGGCAACUAAAUAAGUAAAAAUUAAGAUGCCAAGAAAAAAUAAAAAAUGAAUUCGCCAUGGAAGAAGGUUCCCUAAUUGCACGUACAACCAGUAGUUGCUUGAGUUUUUAUUUAUGUAAAAUAUCUUAGUGUGCUGGUGUGAUGAUGAUCAAAUAAAAUGUAUCAUGCAUGCUCAUGAGAUUUAUGUUAUCUGAAUGAUCUUAAAUAUUAAGAGUA